UUUGUCGGUUUUGGUUUGUCAAAUGUCCGUGAGUUUGCGUCUUUAAAAGUGUAACUCAUUGUGGUUUGCUGUCUGUUGUAGUACAUAAUUUAUUAAUAGUUCAAGCUUUUCUUCGUAAACAUAUUUAAGGAUUAGACAAAUUGUCCAAAUAAAAAUGGCUAGACGAUAUGACACCCGAACAACCAUCUUUUCUCCAGAAGGUAGGUUGUACCAAGUGGAAUAUGCAAUGGAAGCCAUCAGUCAUGCAGGAACUUGUCUGGGAAUCCUGGCUAAUGAUGGAAUCCUGCUGGCCGCAGAACGAAGGAACACCAACAAACUCCUCGACGAAGUCUUCUUCUCAGAGAAAAUCUAUAAAUUGAAUGAUGAUAUGGUGUGUAGUGUGGCAGGAAUCACUUCAGAUGCCAACGUGUUGACCAGUGAACUGCGACUGAUCGCACAACGUUAUCAACUUCAAUACAAUACCAGUAUUCCUUGUGAGCAGCUUGUAUCCUCUCUCUGUGACGUUAAACAAGCUUACACCCAGUUCGGAGGUAAAAGACCAUUUGGUGUGUCUAUUCUCUAUAUGGGAUGGGACAAUAACUACGGGUAUCAGUUGUACCAGUCCGAUCCCAGUGGUAACUACGGCGGAUGGAAAGCAACCUGUAUCGGCAUGAACAGUGCUGCAGCAGUGUCAAGCCUGAAGCAGGAGUACAAGGAGAACGAGACAACACUGAAGGAUGCCGAGGCCCUGGCCAUCAAAGUGCUCAGCAAGACCCUUGAUAUGAACAAACUCACCCCAGAGAAAGUUGAGUUGGCUACCCUUACAAGACAAGACGGCAAGACAAUUACUCGCAUCUUGCCAGCCAAUGAGGUUGAAGCUCUGAUCGCUGCUUAUGAAAAAGCUGAGGCUGAAGCUGAAGCUGCAAAGAAAGAGAAGCAACAAAAAAGCUAGAUUGUUUAUUUAAUACCUUAAUAAAUUUAUAUUAAUUUUUCAA